AUGAAAGACUUCAAUCAUUUGAAUGUCUUAACACUUAUUGGUGUCUCAUUUGAACCAAACGGUGAACCAAUUAUUAUAUUACCAUUUAUGGCAAAUGGAGAUCUGUUAACAUAUAUUAGAAAUGAUAGCAUUUCUCCAACAGUAAGACUGUUACUGAUGUUUGCCAUCGACGCAGCAAAAGGAAUGGCUUAUCUAUCGGAACAUCAUUUCGUGCACCGGGAUUUAGCCGCACGUAACUGUGUUGUUGAUGAUAAACAAUUGAUUAAAAUAGCAGAUUUCGGUUUAUCAAGAGAUUUGUUUAAUAAAGAUUAUUACAGAAGUAAUAAUCAAAAAUGUAAACUUCCGGUCAAAUGGAUGUCACCCGAGAGUCUUGAAAAAGGUAUAUACGAUAGCAAAACUGAUGUCUGGUCUUAUGGUGUACUCGUAUGGGAACUGUUAACCCGAGGACUGACACCAUAUCCUAAUGUUUCCAAUUGGGAAAUCGCAAACUAUUUAAAACAUGGCUACCGUUUGCCGAAACCACCGAAUUGUCCGCAAAUAGUUUAUACAAAUGUAUUGAUGCGCUGUUGGUCUGAUGAUCCGCUACUGAGACCAACAUUUGUUGAACUAGUCGUUAGUUUUGAAAGAAUAAUAGAAAUAUUGGUAAAUAAUUCACAAGAAUCAGUAAAUAUCGACAACACUUAUAUUAAUUAUCCCAUUGAUAGCAGCGAUUUAACUAUUAAUUAA